AUGGCCGACUACCAGUAUGACCCUCGAGCAGCUCCGCAGCAGCGCCCUCGCGGCUAUCCCGAUUCCAACAACCAGCGAGAUGCCGCCUUUUCCAACAUAUUUGGUGCCGCUCCCCCACCUGGCCGAUCCCACACCAUGACAUCGUCGUCCUCGCAUCCAGCCAUGAUGGAACAGGGCAGACCUCCGAUGAUGUCGCCUCCGGCCUCCGGCCCGCCUCGCCAGCCGCCGCCACGCCCGCAACAGGGUUUCUACGCGUCUGGUGGACAAGGGCCGCCUCCUCAGGCGCAGUACUCGCAACAGCAACAGCAGCAGCAGCCGCCAAGACGACCUUAUCCUGGCCCUGGAGGCCCGCCUCCCCCGCGAUUUGAGUCGCGAGGCCCUCCAGCACAGGCUGCCGGGGCGAGAUACCAGCCGCAGAGACCUUACCAGGGCAACCCGGGACCGGCACUCAAUAGUGACCCUUAUCGCUCCCAGUCUCUCGCUUCUGCGCCGCGCUCGCAGAUGUACCACCCGCCGCCAAGCUCGUAUCAACAGCAGUCGCCCGCGAACCACUCUCGUUUUGCUCAGUAUAGUCAUCAAAGCUCUGCCCGGACGACGGCUCAGGGCAGAGUGGAUAGAGACGCCCAUCAAACGAUGAGCGGCCGUAUCAUCCCGAACCGACGAGCCCCAUCUGAAGCGCCGAUGUCUAAUGGUUAUCCGCCACAGAAUGGAGGGUAUCCAAGCACACCCGGCUCGCAGACCCGUACCACUAGUAUGGCAUCGUCCACCGGCGCCUCGGACCACUCGAGAUCAAUGUCGAUGGCCUCUAGCAUCGCGCCGACGAUAGUUGGGUCGGAAACCGACGCCGGGACGUUGGUGCAGCGUCCGUCCAGGAGCAAAUCGAUCGAGAGUGAGCGGCCCACCACUGCGACCAAGAUAAGGCCCCCCCUUGUGUACCCGGCCCUGCUCUCGAGAGUUGCAGAGUGCUUCCGGCGGAAGAUCAUCAUCGGCGACCGAACCAAGAACGAGCUCACGUACAAGAACGCCUUCAGCGGUUCCGAGGCGGUAGAUGUCCUGUCGUAUAUUAUUAGGACGACGGACCGAAACCUGGCCUUGCUUCUUGGUCGGGCCUUGGACGCGCAAAAGUUCUUCCACGAUGUGACGUAUGAGCACCGGCUGCGAGACUCACAGUCCGAGAUGUAUCAGUUCCGGGAGAGCUUGAUGGACGAACCAGAGGAUAAGUCUCCAGUAAACGGUGUCUUUGUUUUGCUCUCGGAGUGCUACUCGCCGACUUGCACGAGAGACCAACUCUGCUACUCCAUUGCCUGCCCUCGACGGUUGGAGCAGGUUUCCCGACUCAACCUCAAGAUGGGCCCAGGCUUGCGCAAGGAGGAUUCCGCCAAUGUCAACGACGACGAGGUCGAUCAGACCGACGAGCAAAAGCUCUGGAUCAACUCGGUGCCAAAGGAGAUUGCUGACGCUGUCGACGAGAGGGAAAAGAAGAGGCAGGAGGUGAUUUCGGAAAUCUGCUACACGGAGCGUGACUUUGUCAAAGACCUGGAGUACCUCCGCGACUUCUGGAUCAUUCCCCUGAGGUCAAAGGCGUCGCCGAUUCCCCUCCAGCGCCGGGAGAAGGUGGUAAAGAAUAUCUUUAGCAACAUUGUCGAUCAUCCCAGCAUUCAUUCAGUCAGUUCGCGAUUUGCGACAUCCUUGACGACCCGGCAGCAGAAGGAGCCGAUUGUCCACAACAUUGGCGAUAUCUUCCUCGAGUUUGUGCCACUAUUUGAGCCCUUUAUACUGUAUGGGUCCAAGCAGCUGGAGGGCAAGUUUGAGUUUGAAAAUGAGCGGUCCAUCAACCCCUUCUUUGGCAAGUUUGUCGACGAGAUUGAGCGGCGCAAGGAGUCGAGAAAGCUCGAGCUCAACGGCUACCUCACCAAGCCGACGACACGUCUUGCUCGGUAUCCUCUCUUGCUUGAGAAUGUGCUCAAGUACACCGAAGAGGGCAACCCGGACAAGGGAGAUAUCCCCAAGGUGCUCACCGUGAUUCGAGACCUUCUCGGACGCGUAAACGCGGAGUCCGGAAAGGCGGAGAAUCGCUUCAACCUGAGGCGACUUCACGAACAGCUCAGGUUUAGGCCCAACGAACGGGUCGACCUGAAGCUUACGGAGGAGGGCCGUGAGCUCGUUUUCAAGAGCCAGCUGAAGAAGUCUCCGACGGAUCCGUCUGAGAUUACCGCAUUCCUAUUUGACCACGCCGUACUGCUCGUGCGUAUCAAGCAAAGCGGUAAGAACGAGGAGAUCAAGGCUUAUCGACGUCCCAUUCCACUGGAGCUGCUGGCCAUCCGCGAGAUGGACGAAGUCAUCCCUGUCCAGGGCAUCAAGCGGUCGUCGUCGAGCCUGAUUCCGUCAAUCAGGGCAAACAACUCGGAAACCAAGAAGGGAGAUGGAUGGCCAAUCACCUUCCGACAUUUGGGCAAGGCGGGAUACGAGCUGAUGCUCUUUGCGGCAAACCAGGCUGCGCGCAAAAAGUGGCUAGAGUUUAUCGACAAUGCCCAGCAGCGCCUCCGCGGCCGCGCCGACUUCUUCAACACGACCGUCAUCUCCAGCAACUUCUUCGUGGGCACCAAUCAGAUCCGGUGUGUCACGCCGUUUGACGGUGGCCGCAAGCUGCUGUACGGAACCGACAAUGGCAUCUACUUGUCUGAUCGUAAGAACAAGGAGCAGAUCCCAAGGCGAGUUCUGGAGACGACAAACGUAACCCAGAUUGACAUCCUCGAGGAAUACCAGCUGCUGCUCGUCUUGUCCAACAAGACGCUGCAGUCGUACUCGGUGACGGCGCUGAACCCCGACGAGCCGGCCCUGGCCAAGCGGCCAAAGAAGAUCCAGAACCACUGCAGCUUCUUCAAGACGGGCAUUUGCCUGGGCCGCCAUCUCGUGUGCUGCGUCAAGUCGUCGGCACUGUCGACCACCAUCAAGGUUUUUGAGCCAAACGACGCCAUGACAAAGGCUAAGAAACAGAAAGGUCUGGGCAAGUUUAUGGCCGGCGGCCAGGACGAACUGAGGCCGUUCAAGGAGUUUUACAUUCCGACCGAGUCGUCGUCUGUUCACUUCCUCAAGUCGAAGCUCUGCGUGGCGUGCGCCAGGGGGUUCGAGGUGGUGUCGCUCGAGACGCUCGAGACUCAGUCUCUGCUGGACCAGGCCGAUACCUCGCUCGACUUUGUCGCGCGCAAGGAAGGCGUCAAGCCCAUCCACAUCGAGCGCCUCAACGGCGAGUUCCUGCUCAACUACUCGGAAUUCUCGUUCUUCGUUAACCGUAAUGGGUGGCGAGCACGACCGGAGUGGCGCAUCGACUGGGAGGGCACGCCGCAGAGCUUUGCCCUGAGCUACCCGUGGAUCCUUGCCUUUGAGGCCAACUUCAUCGAACUGCGGAACAUAGAGAAUGGCGCGGUUCAUAUUGUGCCCCACAAGAACAUUCGCAUGCUUCACAGCAGUACGCACGAGAUACUAUUCGCAUACGAAGACGAGCGCGGGGAAGACGUCGUCGAGGCCAUUGACUUUUGGAAGAACAACAGACGUUCUGAGCUGCCUCUAGCGUCACCGGCCCCCCAGCCCGGCACCUUGACGUCCCCACGAUAA